AUGAUUUCUAAACCCAGAUCUAAAAGUUUUGCAGAAAUCACGGGUAUUGAAGUACUGCACGAAGCCAUAUCUCUAGAGCGCAGUCGCUCUAGUUCACCUUCUGAGCAACAGCUCGAUAUUCAAGAACAGAAAGACCCUUUCGAGGAGCUCAAAACCACUUUUUCAGAUACAUUAGGAACAGAGGUAAUCCAGAUUGCUGUAGGCGAAAAUGGUGACCAGAAGACUUUUCAUAUACAUAAGAAACUCCUUUGCGACAGAAUACCUCAUUUUGCGCAACUCCUCGAAGACAGCCACAAAUCGAUUAUCGAAUUUCCAGAAGCGCACCCAAACACUUUCGACGUGCUUAUGGAGUGGGUGCACACAGAUAGUUUGCGUGCGAUCUUUGUGCUUGAUGACGAGAAUGACGAGAAUGCUACGACAGAUCUCCAUAGAUCAUGGAGUACCGAAUCUCUCUACCCACUUGCGGAUGAUUUGUCUCUUUCAGAGCUUAUGGAUCGAUUCAUGGACAUUGAACGGAGGUUUGAUUGUUCGCAAUCAUGCUUUUACAUGCCUAAUGAGAUCAAGUUUAUUUAUGACACAGUUUCCAAAAAUUCGAAAUUGAGAAAGUAUAUUGCCGAAUUGACUGCAUAUACCAUGCGCAAUGAAGGCAAAGAUCUCAGGCUUUCAACUGCCCAGCUAUUGUCUGCUAUGGAAAAUGAAGAUUUCGCUCUCGAUUAUCUAGAAAUAAGUAGGAGAUUCAACAUCAAAGACCCACGCACAGGCCCUGGCUGUCGAUUCCAUGUACAUGGGAAAAAUGAGAAGUGCACGGCAAAAGAUUAUUGCAGUGAAGGAAAGGUUACGGCUCUUUCUAUUGAGGAGUUGAAAAAGAAGAUAGCUUCACCGUUGAAGAAACAAAGGCUUUCUUAA